UGUCCGAGGAAGUGAUCGGCGCCGGGUGAGGGUGGGAGGGCUCCGCGGACUUCACCGGAGCCGGAUUGGGACCCCGGGGGGGAUGGGGGGCACCGCGAGGGGCGGACGGAGCGUGGCGAGUCCGGAGCCGCAAGCCGGGGUGCGGGAGCGGCUGAGCAGGAUGGUGUGUGACAGGCGGAGUGCCCGGGCUGGGUGUGCCUCGGUGACCGCGUGUGCGGUCGGGGUGGGGAGGCGGGGAUGGGGGCUGGCCUGGUGCUUUAGCUCUGGCUGUGUGCGCCCUGGGUCUCUCUAGACUCUCUUAGGGCGUGCCGGAGUUCCGUGACCGCAAGGAACGAGUCCUACCCUAAGCCACAGAGGGGACGUUUCAAGCUGGUUUCGAGCCAGAAGGCACUGGCACAGCUCGAGGGUUGCAGUGAGAAUGUUCUCUCUGGAAGGGUCCUCGUGACAGGCUCCUGGGAAGACGUGAUGGGGAGGACCCAGAGGACCCUGAAGAGGAGGAAAGAAUUGUGGCAUAUUUAGAAAUCAGAGUUCAGGUGACCACAAACGUCUUGAACUUGAGACAGAAAUUUUACUUCCGGGGUGACGCACAGAAUUCGUGUUCCCUCACGGGAGAAUCUCGACAGUGAAAGCGUCAUUGUGUUGAUGAGUUACAGCUCCAGCAUGUUCGACAGCUGCUCUGACUUUUCUGGAUUCUGUGCGUCACCAGUCGAGGAGCCCCAUGGAACAUUAAUGAGCUCCUGCGAUUCUAGAACCAUGACGGACGCCCUGGUGACUUUCAGCGACGUGGCCAUCGGUUUCUCUCAGGAGGAGUGGGAGUGCCUGGACCCCGCUCAGAGGGACCUGUACAUGGACGUGAUGCUGGAGAACUAUAGUAACGUGGCCUCACUGGAUCUGGAGUCAACAGAUGAGACCAAAAACACAUUUUCGGAAAAGGACAAUUCUGAAAUAAAAUUUUCCCAAUGGGAGAUAAAGGAAAGAAGCAAAACCCUUGGCCUUGAGGCAUCCAUUUUCAAAAAUAAUUGGAACUGCGAAAGCAAAUUUGAGGGACUACAAGGACCUCAGGAGGGGUACUUCAGUCAAAUGAUAAUCAGCUAUGAAGAAAUGCCCACUUACAGAGAAAGCGAAUCUCUUACUGCUCAUCAAAGAAUUCAUAGUCAAGAGGAACCCUACGUUUGUAAGGAAUUUGGGGAGGCUUGUAGUCCUGACUCCAAACUUGGUGAAGACGAGAGAACUCAGAUGGCUGAAGAGCAUUUUGAAUGUAAGGAGUGUGGGAAGGACUUUUUAAAUGCCUAUCACCUCACUGUGCAUCAGAGAUUUCAUACUGGUGAGAAGCCCUAUGAAUGUAAGGAAUGUGGGAAGACCUUUAGUUGGGGAUCAAGUCUCAUUAAACAUGUGAGAAUCCAUACUGGUGAGAAACCCUUUGCAUGUAAAGAAUGUGGGAGGACCUUCAGUCGUGGCUAUCACCUUACUGAGCAUCAGAAAAUUCAUAUUGGUGUGAAAUCUUAUGAAUGUAAGGAAUGUGGGAAGGCCUUUUUUUGGGGCUCAAGCCUUGCUAAACAUGAGAUAAUUCAUACAGGUGAGAAACCUUAUAAAUGUAAAGAAUGUGGGAAGGCCUUCAGUCGUGGCUAUCAACUUACCCAGCAUCAGAAAAUCCAUACUGGCAGGAAACCUUACGAAUGUAAAGUAUGUGGAAAGGCUUUUCGUUGGGGCUACCAGCUCACUCGACAUCAGAUAUUUCACACCGGCGAGAAAGCUUAUGAGUGUAAAGAAUGUGGGAAGAACUUUAACUGUGGCUCAAGUCUUCUUCAGCAUGAGAGAAUUCAUACUGGUGAGAAACCCUAUGAAUGUAAAGACUGUGGAAAGGCUUUUAGUCGUGGCUAUCACCUUACUGAGCAUCAGAAAAUCCAUACCGGUGUGAAGCCCUUCGAAUGUAAGGAAUGUGGGAAGGCCUUUACUUGGGGUUCAAGCCUUGUUAAACAUGAGAGAGUCCAUACCGGUGUGAAAUCGCAUGAGUGUAAAGAAUGUGGGAAGGCCUUUGGUAGUGGCUAUCAGCUUACUCGACAUCAGAGAUUUCACACUGGUGAGAAACCCUAUGAAUGUAAGGCAUGUGGGAAGGCCUUUAAUUGUGCCUCAAGUCUUGUUAAACAUGAAAGAAUUCACACUGGUGAGAAACCCUAUGGAUGUAAAGAAUGUGGAAAGGCUUUUAUUCGUGGCUAUCACCUUACUCAACAUCAGAGAAUUCAUACUGGGGAGAAACCUUUUAAAUGUAAGGAAUGUGGGAAGGCCUUUCGUUGGGGUUCGAGCCUUGUGAAACAUGAGAGAAUCCAUACUGGUGAGAAAUCCUAUGAAUGUAAAGAGUGUGGGCAGGCCUUUGAUAAUGGCUAUCAACUUAGUUUUCAUCAGAUAUUUCACGCUGAUGAGAAACCUUAUCAAUGUAAGGAAUUUGGGAACACCUUUCCUCAUGGCUCAAGCCUUGUUCAACAUGAGAGAACUCAUAGUAAUGAUGAGCCCUACAAAUAUGAAGAAUGGGGGGAAGCCUUUAUGUGGACACCUUACUCAAAUGAGACAAUUGAUACUGGUGAAACUUACGAGUGAAGCGAUAUGAAAGAACAUAUGGAUGUUUUUGUGUGUGGAUAACUUAUUCAACAUGAGGAGAAAUCUUAUUCUUGAGAAACCUUAUGAACAUAGGGCAUGUGCAGAAGCCUUACCUGUGUAUGGACAAUUUACUUGUUAUCAGAAGACUCUUACUAGUGAGAAGUAUUUUGAAUAUAAUGAACAUGGGAAGGACUUUAGACUUCUGUACAAUCUUACUGAACAUCAGUUUAUACUGAUGUGAAUCCAUGUAAACGCAAGGAAUGUGUGAAGAUCUUUAAUUCAUGGCACAAAGUCUGAUACACACCAGAGAAUUCAUGCUCAUUAGAAACACCUUAAGGAAGGUGGGAACGACCUAAAUGUAAUUCGGUUUUUACCCUGCACAUCAGAGAAUUCAUACUGCUGUGAAAUCCUGUGAAUGUAAGGAAUGUGGGAAGGCUCAUAGACGUGGUAAACAUCUUAGAGCACAUCAGAGAAUUCAUCCAAAUGAGACACCCUUUGAAUUAGAAUUAUAGGAAGGCUUCAGACGAGUGCUACUCAAACUAUUGUCCAGAGGCAGGUGCUAGUCCACAAAAUUAUUAGCUGUCCAUCAUGAGAUUAAUGCAGAAAGUGAGCGUAAGUGUCUGGAAACUUCUGCAGCAAUUUGAUAUUGCCAUAACAUUAUCAUUGUAUUUUACAAAAGUAGCAGUCCACGAAUAAUGGGAAAUAAAAAACAAAAAGUUUGUCCUUCCUCAGAAAUAAUUUGAGAGACAACCUUGACACUUUUUCAAACACGAGACAAAUCACAAUAUGAUUUACUUAGAAUAAGAAAUCCUUUGCUUGUCACCUCUCUUAUUAGGAUAGCAGAAUAUUCAUACAAUAGGAAGAUUCGGCUAAUGUGAGAAUCACGGUUUUCUUAUGCCCAUAAAAGCACGGAGAAUUUAUACCAGAUGUGUCCAUUUAGUGAAUAUAUAGAGCCUUCCAACACUAUUCAAUCUUUGUUAAACUUUAGCAAACUCAUCCUAGAGAAUAACCCUGUUAAUGUAACAAAUGUAGGAAACCCCUUAUCUAUGGCACAAACCAUACCUAUUGUCAUCUCAAUUCCACCUCCUUACUGCCUGUGGGCUGUUGAGCAAAAUGCUCAUCCCCUGUGGGCAUCUUGUUUAAAAUGCUGGUGAGGGUAACUAUCUAAUAGUGCUGUUGUAGAGACUGAGUGGGUUUAGUAUGGGUCAGAUUUUUGGAAGGGUGUCUGGUUAUGUAACCUACGAACAAUACACAAUAGCUAUUCUUAUUAUCCUCAUCAUUAGUAUCACUACUGGUGAAUUCGUAAGACAGGAAUGCCCUUUUGAUGUAACGGAUUUAGAAAAGCUUCCCAUAACCACUCAUCUAUUUGAAUUUCAGAUAGUUCAUUCUGGAUAAAAUCUAGUAAAAUGUAAAAAACUAGAGAGGAUUCUUAUUCAGAAUUUAUCCCUCAAGCUGCAUCAAAAAUUAAGACUGAAAAGAACUGUUAUGGAUUUAGUAAGUGUUAAAAUGUUGGGAAUAUACCCGUUGAAGAAUCAGGGAACAUUGUGAAGCAAUGUACCUGUAAUGAAUUCCAACAGACAGGUAGUAAUUAAAAUUCUCCACUCAUUUCAAAAUAAAUUAGAAAUUAAAAAGAGAACAAAAAGAAAAUGUGCAUUUGGGAAUUCCUUCCCAAGAUUGUGCUAUGACAAUUUUCAGACAUUCAGAAAGUUUAAAGCGUAGUAUAAUGAACAUCCAUAUACUCUGUGUAGAAUCAAUAGUUCUUACUAUUUGGCCAUAUUUGCUUUCUCUCUGAAUAUAUAUGUAUGUAUGUGUAUUUAUGCUCAUGUACCAUUUGACUUAUGAUGUGGAAAUCAUGAAACUUCUUUCCUGAACACAUCAGCAUGCUUCUUUUAAGAAUAAGAACUGUCCUAUUCUUAACUCUAAUACCAUGGUCACACAAGAAAAUCAUCAAUAAUUCUGUAAUAAUCUUUUAUAUUCACUUCAUAUUUCCGAGUGAAUCUCAUAUUUGGAUAUUAGAAUGCAUCUCAAAGUCGAUGACUUCUCACAAUUGCUUUCAACCAGGUGUCUGUCAUGAUUUAGUGCUAGCAUCAAAGCAUAUUAGUUAUGAUGAGAUGAGUGUUUAUAUACUCACAGAAUAACCCUUUAAAAAUUAUUCAUUUCCAAAAAUUUCAGUUCCAUCAAAACUGCAUUGACAAACAAAUGUCUGUAGUUUGUCUCAGUCAUUGUUUUAAUCUGCAUCUCACCUCGAUGUCCAUUUUGUGCGGACAGACCACUCAUGAACUCACUGUUCAGUGAUUACCAUCUAGUGGUUGACAGCGUUGUCCCACACAAUUGCAAUUUUAAUAAUCAGUAUAACACAAAGCAGAAUACUUCGAGUGUUUUAAUAGGAUGAAUCAUUCCUAAUCAGUAUUUUAUUCCUCCUGGGUACCAUAUUUGCAUUUUAGCUAGGAGAUGUGGAGAUGGUGCCUUAUCCCAGUAUUUCUGAAGUGAUUUCUCAAAAAUCACCAGUCCUUAACAGUACUUGAAAAACGAGGGGGCUUCUCUGGUUAAAGCAGCUUAUGAAGCAAAAUCUAAAUCCCCUCUUAAGGAACAACCAAAAAGCACCUUAUCAGUUUAUCAAAAGACUUGAGAUUAUUCUAGUGAAGAAAAGUGCUGAACUUUGUUUAAAUUGGUGUAUCUCAAACUUUGCCCUGGAAAUACCAAUUUCCCUUACUUAGGGAUGUGAAACUGCAUUGGGAAAUGUUGCCAUAACUAAAAGAAACUCGGAAGUUGCAAGUUUCAGUCACCAGUUCUGGCUCUUAGCUGUGAUGGCAUGGCAGUUAGCGUCAUGCUCUCAAAAGGAUGCCUUCUAAUGUUCUCUCUUAUUUGUGAGUAAAAGUCUUCGUUGUAUCUAAGUAGAAAUGGCUCCUGGGUUGUAUCAAAUGUCAUUUCAUCAUCUCUUCCUACAAUUGUAUAGACUGACUUUGUUACUGUGAUAAUUUAUGAUGACAGAUUCUUUGACUUCUUCCCAUUCCUGGAUAUGCCCAGGUUAGUCAUUGAUGCAUUCUUUUCUGUUUUUUGGGGAUGCACUGCUUGAUUUCAUUUGCUGUUAUUUUAUUUAGAGUUUUUACAUCUCAUGAGUGAGACUGUAUAAUAGUUUUCUUUUUAAAUGUAUUUCUGUUUGUUUUUGCAUUGCAAUUGCCUGUUUUUAAAAUUGGAUGACUGUAUUGGGUUGUUUUGUUUUGAAUUAGAGAUCCUUAAUCACUUUUCUAGUUCCAUAUGUUGCUUUUCUUGUCUUUGAAUUCCUACUUUGGACACCACAAAUUCACUGUGUGCCCAGCACAAUUUCUUUAAGGAGCCUUCAUAGUCCUGUAGUCCCAGCUAAGAUCCAUAUAAAAGGAACUUUCCAACACAGCCCUUCACUGAAAAUCCUUCCUUCUGUGUUCUUGGGAAUACUGUAUUGGGAGGUUGGAGCUCCUCAUAGGACUGUUACGAUCAUGCGUGUACGUGUCUUACAGAGCACACGUGUACUCUGUAGAUACUGCACACCAUGUACUUUCUGUAUAUUCCGGACGUGGAAUUGCUUGGGUUUGGUCCUGAGUAUGUCUGUGUUCAACUUUAGUAAGUUCAGUUCUUCUAAAUAGAUUCCCAAACAAAUGUACUGACUGGCACUCCACCAGCAGCGUAUGAGUGUUCUUUCUCCAUAUCCUUGACAAUACUUAGCAUCAUGAGUUAAAAAAUUUUUUUCUUUUUUGCUACUCUGGUGGGUAUAUAGUGGUACCUGAUUGCCAUCACUGUGGUUUACAUUUCCACUUUUUCUGAUUGUUGGCGUUUUGGAUAUUCUUGCAAUCUCUCUCCACUCCUUGCUCCUGACACUGGAUGCAUUAGGUGCGUCUUGCUUCACAAAGCAUCUGUACAACCUGUAGGACAACACUUAACACCCAGGCCAUGGCUCUGUGUGUGUUUGUGUGUGUGUAUGUUCAUCCUCCAGCAGACAGUGAGCUGGUUGAUGGCUGUGAUGAAAUCGGCUUCAUCUCGGUAUCUCCAGCUCCCGGUAUGAACUAUGACCCGUAGAUGUUAGACACAGGAUACAAACUGACUGAAGCAAUGAGAAACUAUAUGGAGUCAGAUAACAGGUUUACAGAAGGACAGCGGGCUCCAGAGAUUUUUGACUCAUCAGCAAAAUGAAAUGUACAGAGAGAUUCUCUUCCAGUUUUCACUCUGCAUCUCCUGGUGUUGGUUGGUACCAUGAUAGGUUGCUAGACGUUCUAUGCUGACAUGACAACAUCCAGAGGAAAAAGAGAGAUCAUUUCCUGUGACUCUCUCUUAGGAGCAAGGAAGCAUUGCCCAUUAGCCAAGAGUGUACGUGUGCUCUUGCAUUAAUUGCUAAAAUGGGUUAUGCAUAAUUUCUGAAAUAAUUACUGGUUUUAUUUUAAAUUAGUCACAGACUUUCUAACAUUUCAUUUAAAUAAGAAUUCUAGCAGACUCAUAAAUUUCAUUAACUUUUCAUGCAUGUAUGAAGAAAGAACCAGAAUAAAGUAGAUCAUUUAUUUUAACAAAAAUUUUACAAAUAUGUAUACAGUUCAUAAAACAUGACAAUUUAAAUGUAUGUAUAAUUAAGACCACCAAACAUAAUUACAGACCAUUGAGAGGUUAAUGUUUAUUUUAAAAAGACAGCAAAAAUUCUGAAGUAUUAAAGUCUAUAUAUUUAGUGAGAACAGUUACUAGGAGUUUUUUAUUAUCUGAUUUUUGGGAGCUGUGGGGAACAGGGGAAAUAUUAUUGGUCUAACCUUGUAAGUAUUUUUUCCUCCCAGAGUCAGAGGAGCCUACUCUUUUAAUUCCUGGAAUUCUGUUAGCCUCAAGACUAAAGAUGGCCAAAAUUUACAAUGAGGAAAUGAACAAAGGUGUAAUUGGAAUUUGGGGAGAUAUAUUUAUUCAGUUCGUUUUCAUAGCACGUGCACACGUAGUACUAAAUUCAAAAGAAAAAAAGUGUUAUUCUCUCUGCUUUCCUCAAAGAUCUUCAGAGAUAACUACUGAAAAACUAGGUUUUUCAGCCUCUUCCAUAUUUUUGGGCAGACGUUCUAUGUAAAUAGAGUAUAUUGCCUCAAGGUAGACAUUCAAGAUUUAAAAAUAUUCCUUUAAUGCUUCAUAAUAUAGCGUCAGCUGUAUACCAGUAUUAUGGAUUUCACUAAUAAAAAUUUGGGUUCAAUUUA